GCACCGUUAGCUCCCGAAUGUGUGUGAACAAGUGCUAUGCAUAAACCAUGAGUGUGUGCCUUGUGCUUGUAUGAGUGCCCUAGGUUGUAGACGGGUGGUGAAUGGGUGCACUAGAGAGCAUGGGAGUUCAUAUGUGUAUACCUGUGUAGCUGUGUGUUCCUUUCUGAGUGUGGUUGAAUGUGAAUGAAGAAGCCCAUGUGUUUGGGUGUGUGGGUGCGGAAGCGCAUGUCUUUGUCCUUUCAUGGUCCCAUGGUCCCGCAUGGUGCCAAAGAAGCCAAACUCCGUGACGGGGGUCCUCGCCCUGGGACCCUUUGGGCACGAGGGGGCGCCUCGCUACCGUAACCGGGACGCGUUGGCCUGGGCGGCCCGGGGGCGGCUCACGGGGCGGUGCCGGACUCUGAGCUGUGGGCUCUGGGGACGCUGCGCUCCGCCCCGAGGAGCCACGGCCCGGCACGCGGAGCAAGCAGCCAGAAGCCCGCGCCGGAGGGGUUUGAGAGGCGCGGCAGAGACCUCACGAGAUGGCACCAGAUGACGAUAGACACGUAGGAUGAGGCCCCGCCUGGAAACUGUCAUCACGGGCUCAUUCUCCUGACCGCAGCCGGCAUAUGGGGCCAUGGCCCGGCUCCCGGGGCACCCGGAGGUCCCCAGCCCAGAGCCUGGCAGCACAGGCCGGGGAGGUCGAGGCAGUCGAGCAGCCCGAGCGCGACACGUCAUUAUCAACGUCGGGGGUUGCCGGGUGCGGCUGGCCUGGGCCGCGCUGGCCCGCUGUCCCCUGGCACGCCUCGAGCGCCUGCGAGCCUGCCGCGGCCACGACGAGCUGCUGCGCGUGUGUGACGACUACGACGUGAGCCGCGACGAGUUCUUCUUCGACCGCAGCCCGUGCGCUUUCCGCGCCAUCGUGGCGCUGCUGCGCGCAGGCAAGCUGCGGCUGCUGCGGGGCCCGUGCGCCCUGGCCUUCCGCGACGAGCUGGCCUACUGGGGCAUCGACGAGGCGCGGCUGGAGCGCUGCUGCCUGCGUCGCCUGCGCCGCCGCGAGGAAGAGGCCGCCGAGGCGAGCUCCGGGCCACCCAGCCGCGGGCCCCCGGGGAGCCCGGUGCGUGCCCUGGACACCGGGCGGCUGGAGCGAGGCCGACGGCGCCUGCGCGACGUGGUGGAGAACCCGCACUCCGGGCUGGCAGGCAAGCUCUUCGCAUAUGUCUCCGUGGCCUUUGUGGCGGUCACAGCCGUCGGCUUGUGUCUAAGCACCAUGCCUGAUAUCCGAGCAGAAGAGGAACGAGGCGAGUGCUCCUCGAAGUGCCGCAACCUGUUCGUGCUGGAGACGGUGUGCGUGGCCUGGUUCUCCUUCGAGUUCCUGCUGCGCUCCCUGCAGGCCGAGAGCAAGUGCGCCUUCCUGCGGACUCCGCUUGCCAUCAUCGACAUCCUGGCCAUCCUGCCCUUCUACGUGUCGCUGCUCGCGGGGCUGGCUGCAGGGCCCACGGGUAGCAAGAUGCUGGAGCGGGCAGGGCUGGUGCUGCGGCUGCUGCGGGCGCUGCGCGUGCUCUACGUGAUGCGCCUGGCGCGCCACUCGCUGGGACUGCGCUCGCUGGGCCUCACCGUGCGCCGCUGCGCGCGCGAGUUCGGACUGCUGCUACUCUUCCUCUGCGUGGCCAUGGCGCUCUUCGCGCCGCUCGUGCACCUGGCCGAGCGCGAGCUGGGCGCUCGCCGCGACUUCUCCAGCGUCCCCGCCAGCUACUGGUGGGCCGUCAUCUCCAUGACCACCGUGGGCUAUGGAGACAUGGUGCCGCGCAGCCUUCCCGGCCAGGUGGUGGCGCUGAGCAGCAUCCUCAGCGGCAUUCUACUCAUGGCCUUCCCGGUCACCUCCAUCUUCCACACCUUCUCGCGCUCCUACUCGGAGCUCAAGGAGCAACAACAGCGCGCGGCCAGCCCUGAGCCGGUCCUGCGUGAGGACAGCACACGCGACGACAGCACGCGUUCGGCCACCGCCACCGAGGACAACUCGCAGGACCCCGAGAGCGCAGGCACAGCAGGGAGCUCACCAACCCGGAGGGGACCCUGAACCGAGUGCUCUGCUUGAGAGUUUGGGAGGGAGGGGGAGUCCAAAGCCUCGGAGGACACCAAGGGUCUGCUGACCCAGGAGUCUCAAACUUGGUCUGGCAUGUCGUUGCAGCCGGCCUGGCACCCCAAGCAACCCCGAGCUUCGCAUAGCCUGGAGGAUAUAGCAGCCUGGUCUUUCUCUGCUUUUUAUUUUCCCUCCAGUUUUAAAUUUUCUAUGGCUAAUUAAAAAUAAUUGAGUCCCAGAAAUUCCAAGCCUGAAGCAAAUGCCAGACACUCUAGCUUUUGCCCCCUCCCCCCAGAACAGAGGGUGACAUCCACCAUGUGACCCUCAGUGGGCACUAUCCCAUGUAAAGGACACCCGACAUGGCCCAUGUCCACAUCAUCUGCCAAGUGAUGGGGCAGAGGUUUGAUGAGGUACUUAGCUCCCAGUUUUGAUGGGGCAGAGGUUUGAUGAGGUACUUAGCUCCCAGUUUUGCCUAACUGCUCUUUUUCAGAGAGAGAAGAGAAAUCUCAGCAUUGACCACUGCUGUGUUCCUCCACACCAUCUCAAUCAGGUGAUCAGGUUGCUCACGGUUUGCAGAGUGGCCUUUUAACCCCUUCCCUGCCGUCCCAGCUAGCCUGUGAGAA